AUGUCCUCAAACAAUACGUCGCAACACUCUGCGACCGACUCUGCCUCUGGUCCCGGUCUUCAAGGGCCGCGACCCUCCGACCUGCCUACCGAUUCCGACAGCGAAACCCCGGGCUCAGACCGGCAGCCACAGCAAGUAACACAAUCGCAAUCACCUACUCCAGGUUCACGCCAUCGCGAUGUUGCACCCCGAGAUUUUGUCCGCCUCUUUCAAUGUCAGAUUUGUUCGUUACCCCUGGCCGAGCCUAUAAGUCUACCAUGCGGCAAAAGCAUGUGCCGGCGCUGUCUGCCAGACACUCAUCUACGCGCCAACAUAACGUACCCUGCAGCUCGCGAUCGACUUCGCGGAUUUCGAUGUCCAUUCGAGGACUGUGGGAAAGACCAUGCUCUUAACGAUUGCGCUGUCGACGUGGUUCUCAACAAAACAGCUCAACAUGUGAGGGAGGAAAUCGAGCGUUUCAGGCACGAGUCUUCUACUGCUGAGGUGUCAACAAGAGUCAUGUGGCAAGAUCCAUGGGCUGCUGCGGGCGUUGCCUCCAUGCGGAAUGAUGAUGGGGCAUAUUCAAAAGUUAUACCAGGUGGAAAGGUCAUAGCAACAUAUCGCUUGGCAGAAGAGGGUGAUUUGUCUUACGAGGCUGAUAUUGACUAUGACGAGAUCAUUUCGGCCACCCCGUCACCACCCCCCGAUACCGAUGACACAGGCCUCGUUCGAAAGGCACAAGAUGCUACUCGCGCUGAGAUGGACUGUCAAGUCUUCAACGCGCGGAAAGAAGCAUUGGAUGCGGAACGUGCUGCACAAAUGCAAGAUCACGAUACUUCACUCUUUAUUUGCACGUUGUCGUUUCCUCAUAUGCCGACGUUCUUACACAUCUUUGAACCACGAUAUAGACUCAUGAUCCGAAGAGCGAUGGAGGAAGGGCACCGCACGUUUGGUAUGGUGAUACCAAAACGACGACAAUUUCCUGGGGACAGUGAUUUCCACGAAUUGGGCACCUUACUCAGGAUUGUCAACGUCCAAUUUUAUUCAGACGGCCGGAGUCUCAUAGAGACAGUUGGUCUAUCGCGCUUCCGUGUUCUGGAACACGACUUCCUUGACGGAUACAUGGUCGGCAAAACUGAACGUGUUGAUGAUGUCAGUCUCGAGGAUGAAGAAGCUGCCGAGGCAGCUGAAGCAAGUCCAAUGGAGUUAGAAUCUAACCAAGGACCAAUGCUGGAGGGUGACAAAGAAUCUACAGAGCCAACAUCGCCAUUGCCGCGCUCAAGUUCAUCCAGUCCACAUAUGCCGACAUCGGUGGCCGACAUCGAUAUAAUGUCAACACAAAGUUUAAUGCAUUUUGCCUCAUCCUUUGUCGCUCGAAUGCGUCAGCAAAGUGUACCGUGGUUGGCAGAACGAAUGUUGACUAUAUAUGGCGAAUGUCCAGAAGAUCCUGCCAUCUUCCCUUGGUGGUUUGCUAGCAUACUACCAGUCAAGGACAUUGAGAAAUAUCGACUCCUCGGAACAUCCAGUGUACGUGAGCGUCUCAAAAUCUGCUGUAUAUGGAUUGUGGAAUGGCAGAUGGCCCGAUGGACAAAGCUGAUUGACGGCCGUCCAGGUCUUACCACGGCUGCACCAUCCUCUGAUUGA